CAAAGGUUUUAUUUGGUUUUGUGGUUUGAGAAUUCGUCGCGUGCUUUCUGGUUUGCAAAUAAACCAUUGACUGCUGUAAUUAAAUAAAAAGCACUUUUUUUGGAGUAGAUUAGUCAUAGAGGCUUUUGUUCAGCAGUUUUGGUCCAAAACAAAUUAGUGAUUAAGAGCUAUAUUUGGUCCAACAGCAACAACAAAACCUUCUGGAAAUCAUGAUGUAUUUAGCGGAUGAAGAGAGUCACCUGAAGCGGCAGAAGUGUUGUGAUGGCAGCGAUGAUGUUAGUGCAGUGGAUCGGCUUAGCACUUUACCUGAUGAAAUUAUUUGCGAUAUUCUUUCCUUGCUUCCCAUAAAAUCUGCUGUAGCAACAAGUUUGUUGUCCAAAAGUUGGAGACUUCGAUGGACUCAAGUCACCAGCUUUGACAUUGAAAACCAGUGGUGGUCUGACUGUCGGGAUUUUGUGGAUUUUGUUAAUAACAUGUUUAUGUUUUCAGAACCGCGGACGAUCCACAGGUUCCAUCUCAAUUGUGAGAAUUUAGAAUUUCCACACCAUUUGGCGAAUUUAUAUUAUGGGUUCCAUCGGAUUACAGCAUGGCUCAGCUCUGCUGUUUGUCAAAAAGUUCGGUUUGUUGAUGUGAGUGUGUUAAGCCAAGAGAAAAGAUGCCCUGCUUUUACAGAUGGAACUGACUUACCUGGUGAACUUUUUACUUGUAAGACACUAGAAAUUUUAAAACUAACAGGGCCUUUUAUCAUUAAAGUUCCAUCCGAGGUCGAGGUUUGUCUUCCUAGACUUGUUCAUUUAGAACUGAUUUUGGUUCACUGUAAGUACGAAGAAAAGUCUCUCUGUAAGCUUCUUCGUGGCUGCCCUGUGCUCGAAUCGUUCAAAUUUGAAAGAAAACACUGGUUUACUUCUUCGCCUGAGAUAAAUUGGUCAAUUUCUUCGCCUUCAUUGAAACGUCUUGAGAUCUAUCUCCGUGAUGAUGGUGAUGCUGCCGGUUUCAUCUCUGCACUUGGCCUCCAAAAACGCUACAAGCUGGAAAUUGAUGCUCCUACACUUGAAAAGCUGGUUUUAACUGAUCGAGUGUCGGCAGAAAUUUCAAUACAUGGAGGGUCUAUAAAGGAAGCGGAUCUUGAUAUUCGCUGGUUUGGUCACCUAUUGGAUAGAAAUUAUCAUAAUUCAAUUGUUCAGUUGAUCCAGGGUUUGAACCAUGUCAAGAUUCUUACAUUAUCAGAGAGAACCGUGGAAGUUCUUGGCGGUGCCACCUGUUGCAAAUUGUCAAGAACAAGUUUGUGGUCUACAAGUUUUGAGGGAUUAACCAAACUGGUUGUCAAGUUAGAUUAUUCCAUUUCAUGGGACUGCCUGAUUGACCUUAUAAAUUGCUGCCCUGCGUUAGAAACCCUCGAGAUUAUCCACUUGCCAUGUGAUUUUCCUUAUGGUGAUGAUCGAAUCCAUGGAAGACGUUGGAGGGAUCAAAUAUUUAUCAGAAUUUUGAGGGAGGGGAAAGUUUUUGAUACCCUUCCUAGAUGCUCAUUAUCCAGCCUCACACGAGUUGUAUAUAAGGGACGCACAGGCCUCAAGGAUGAGACUCCAAUGCUAUUGUAUAUUCUAAAUCCAGCUAUAGUGACUAAAAGUGUUGAAGUUGAUCUACGCAGUGACUCCAGUGAUGACUCUCCAAAUUUUGAACUCACAUUAUCUUUUGUUUGA